UUCGCCCCUUAUAUCACUUCCCCUUAAUUCUGCGCAGAGGAGGCCACAUCUGUUCUUCGAGCUUUGUUUAGAAACUCAUAAAUAAUUUCUAGUAAAUAUUCUAAAAAUUUUUAAGAAUACCACUCAUAUUUGAAUUUAACAUUAGAGAUGAAUUUCUUUAUAGAACUUUUUUUUUGAGAAGGCUAAGAAUGUUAGAGGCAACUUCGAUCUGGCAAAAUCGAAAGACUGAAAACCGAAAAUAAGAGCAAUUAGCAGGUGUUUUGGAUGCAGGCCAAAGAAAAGUGAAAUUACGAGAGACCUACACUGUGCCGUCACAGCACUUCUCCAUUGCUUAUGCUGUUUCUGAGAAAACCGCUUUGACGCAACGAUCUUCAUCCUAUGACCGAAACAAACACAUCCUCCUGAUUGGACACAAUAAUGGCCUGCUUUGAAAGUUACGCUGACGCAAAAGAAAAGCAAACCUCUUGAUCUUUACGUGAACUACAAUUUGUGAAUUAAGGUACCACUGAUAUUCAUUGUGUGGCACAAUUCUCACCCCACAAUGAAAACUUUUGCACCGCUUCUUCUGCCUUGAGGACUUCUAACCUGCACUCCAAUCAGAAAAAAGAAGCACAACUUCUCACAGCUGCAGAAUGAUGAAUGGGAUGACCGGGACUUCUGUGAAGUGCGUACUUGUCGGCGACUGUGCUGUGGGCAAAACAGCAUUGCUGGUGCGCUUCACCUCUGAGACAUUCCCUGACAGCUACAGGCCCACCGUCUACGAAAACACUGGUGUAGAUGUCUUCAUGGAUGGCAUCCAGAUCAGCUUGGGUUUAUGGGACACAGCGGGGAAUGACACAUUCCGGCAGAUCCGCCCCAUGUCCUACCAGCAAGCUGAUGUAGUCCUGCUGUGCUACUCAGUGGCAAACCCCACCACACUGGCCAGCAUCCAACAGAAGUGGAUAGCAGAGGUGCGAGAAUAUCUGCCUCGUGUGCCUGUCCUGGUGGUUGGCACUCAGACAGACCACCGGGAGAUGGGGCCAUAUCGUGACCGCUGCACCACAGCAUCAGAAGGCAAGAGGGUGGCUCAUGAAAUUCGAGCUAAAGGGUACCUGGAAUGCUCUGCACUCAUUAAUCGUGGCAUUCAGCAAGUGUUCGAAUGUGCUGUCCGCACGGCUGUCAACCAGGCGCGCAAGCGAACACGGCGGAGACUCUUUGAUCUGAAUCUGUGCCACUUGUCUUGAGGACCAACUAAAAUCUGCAUCAACUAAGAGUUACUCAAACCCUUUAAGAAAGCAUCUUAUAUCACACACUCAAUUCAGCCAUUUUAUUGGUACACAGUCAUAUUUACUCCAUGUGAUUUUACAAUAGUAGUUAGUAGGGCUAGCCAACCCUUUAACCAAGCAUCUUAGAUCCAACAUUCUCAAAGUGGACUCUGGGGUCCCCCAGGGGGCUGUGAAGCAUAGGCAGGGAGUCCAUCCCUGUGGUGGUGCAAAUCAAAAACCGUCAUUAUCCAAUUUAUUGCAUUUAUUAUUAUGUUUUUAUAGUUACUAGCUUUCUUGACUGGUCACAUGAAUCGAAUGAGUUUAAUCCAAACCUACAAAUCUCUAAAUCAAGUAGGCCUGUUAAUAGUUUCGACUUGAAUCUAUCAAUAAAAGUUUAAAAGUGAAAUAAAACAAAAAAUGUUUUUUAUUAAAAUGUCUUUGGAUGUUUUAGGAAUAAUAGGCUUUUUUGACUCCAAUAUUUAUAUAAAAUAUUAUUGUCCCCAAUUAAAAUAAUGUUCGUGAGAAAAAUCCAUACUGAGGGAGUUUUUCACUGUUAAAAAAUAUUUUCACUGAAUAUUUUGACAGCCCCUUUCUUAGAUCUCACCUUCAAUCAAGACAUUUUAGUUGAUACAACUCUAUAAAGGUAGUUAAAAUGAAUGCGCCAAAAACUCUUUAACGUCAGUCCGUAGCAAAUCUCUCUGUCUCUACCUGGUACUCAGACCUACUGGAAAACCUUUUACCAAGAGUCUUUGGGCGAGGCUUUUAAUACAUAAACAAUAGUAUUUAUUUUAUAUGAUUUCACAGUAGAAAUCCAGUAGAAAGCCAGUAGGGAGAUGACUAUACAAAACCUAUUUUAUUUUGUUCUAAUGUUUAAUGUACUGUUCUUCCUAAACAUGGUGUCCUAAGUUUUUAAUUCUCUUCGCCAGCAAAGAAUAUUGAUUUGUUCUAUCUCUCCUAGAAAGAACAGAAAAAAACUUUUUACCACCAAAACAUACAACAUGUUAUAUAGUAUAUAUAUAUUAUAUAAUAUAGCUUUAAUAUAUAAAAUCUAAAAGCUAGAAAGGACUUUUACCAGACACUUGUGCAGACACUAGUAAUGUGUAGUAUAUCUGCAGAGCGUAGAAAUGCGUUCGACAGUAUGCCAGUGAACGCUUUGUGAGUGUACUGACAUAUGUAUGCUGGACAAAACAGUUAAUUGUAUCAUGAGGCAUGAGGAUUUACAUUUUUGGAUUAAUAGAUGUUAAGCUAUGUAACGAUGCAGGCUUUCGUAUAUUUGCAAGUUUUGUUGUAAAUUGUGCUUUACUUUUCACACUUUUAUUUGGAAUCACCCAAAUUACAGAUGUAAAAUGGUCAGUAUAUUUUCACUCCUAUGACUCAUUUCUGUAAUUACAAUCUCAAUACUAAAAUGGAGUGAUAUGAUGGUACUAAAAAAUGAUAUGUUUAUCAUUGACCUCACCCUUCUUUUGUCACAUUUAAAUCAUUAAUUAUCAUUUUACCACAAUUUCAUAAACAAGUGUUUAUGUAAGUCAAUCUCAUUUGUUCUUCAUUUCAUUUUAAUAUGCUGUUAUUAGCAGAACAACUGCAAACAUCAUGUUAACUUAUUAGUAAAAUGAGCCAUGCAAUUAGUAAAUCUAGAAUUUUUAUGUGUGUGUAUAUAUAUAUAUAUAU